GUAAAUAUCAUUUCUUGAGACUCUGGGGCAUGCGUAGAAGAAAAAAAUAUGAAAUAAAGAGACUGAAAAAAUGUACAAGGAGAUGGAAAGGAAGAACCUGCAGCUGGAGGCAAACGAGAGCACCCUCUGAACUGUUGGGUAAGCUACUCCGAACUGCCUUACAGACGGAUGGUUCCUGUGAGGCUAAAUUCUGUCUGGACACUCUUUGUCUCACUGUCCUAUGGUUCUGUGCUGCUCAGGAAAACCAGGAAAGGGCUUAGAGGCUUUCAAGGCAUGGCCAGACACUCCAUCUUGUAUUUCAUCCUCCUGAGUGCUCUGAUUGACAAGUGCCAACCCUGUUUCUGUGAUCAUUACCCAUGGGGUCAGUGGUCUACCUGCUCAAAAAGCUGCAAUUCUGGAACUCAGAGCAGACAGAGAAAAAUAGUGGUUAAUCAGUACUAUCUGAAUAACUUUUGUGACCAGCUUUGCAACAAGCCGGAGACCAGGGAAUGUAACUGGCAACGCUGUCCUAUCAACUGCCUCCUGGGAGAUUAUGGACCAUGGUCAGACUGUGACCCUUGUGUUGAAAAACAGUUUAAGGUUAGAUCCAUCUUGCGCCCCAGUCAGUUUGGAGGACAACCAUGUACUGAGCCCCUGGUGACCUUUCAACCAUGCAUUCCAUCUAAGCUCUGCAAAAUUGAAGAGGUUGACUGCAAGAAUAAGUUCCGCUGUGACAGUGGUAAUGUACACUUAAAGGUCCAGACAGUAAAUAUUUUAGGCUUUUUGGCCAUAUGUUCUUUGUUGCAACUACUCAACUUUGGCUCUACAGCAUCACAGCUGCCAUACGUGGUAUAUCAAGAAGGGGGCAUGGCUGUGUUCCAACCAAAUUUUACUUAUGAAGACAGGCAGCAGUUUGUACUGGUGUGGUAUCAUUUUCUAGCAGGAGAGCCCAGAGGAGAGAUCCUUGAUAACUCUUUCACUGGAGGAAUAUGUAAAACUGUCAAAAGCAGUAAAGCAAGUAAUCCAUACCGUGUUCCAGCCAAUUUGGAGAAUGUCAACUUUGAGGUAAAAACUGAAGAAGAUGAUUUGGAAACAGAUUUCUACAAGGACUUAAUUCGUCUUACAGAGAAAGACAAUCAACAAGAUUUAUUUUCGAGGGAAGGGCACAGCAGUUUUCGUAUACCAAUUUUUUAUUCCUCAAGGAAAACUCAAAGCACCACCCAUAACCGUGCCUUCAAACAAGCCAUUGAAGCCUCCCACAGAAAGGAUUCUAGUUUUACUAGGAUCCAUAAAGUGAUAAAAGUCUUAAACUUCACAAUGAAAACUAAAGAUCUGCAGCUUUCUGAUGUCUUUUUGAAAGCACUUAACCACCUGCCUCUAGAAUACAACUUUGCUUUGUAUAGCCGGAUAUUCGAUGACUUUGGGACUCACUAUUUCACCUCUGGCUCCCUGGGUGGCGUGUAUGACCUCCUCUACCAGUUUAGCGUCGAGGAACUCAGGAACUCAGUCCAAACUUGCCACUUGGAAUACAUGCUGUGCACUCUUCUUUACCCCUUUUCUUUUGUUUCAGAUGUUUUGACAAAAUUAAAGGGCCAUUGUCAACCAGGACAAAAACAGUUGGGAUCUGAAUGCAUUUGCAUGUCUCCAGAAGAAGACUGUAGCCAUUAUUCAGAAGAUCUCUGUGUGUUUGAUACAGACACCAGCCAUUACUUUACUUCAUCUGCUUGUAAGUUUUUGGCAGAGAAAUGUUUAAAUAAUCAGCAACUCCAUUUUCUACAUAUUGGCUCCUGCCAAGAUGGUCCACAGCUAGAAUGGGGUCUUGAGAGGAGAAAACUUUCAUCCAAUAGCACAAAGAAAGAAUCCUGUGGCUAUGAUACCUGCUACGACUGGGAAAAAUGUUCAGCCUCUGUUUCCAAAUGUGUCUGCCUGUUGCCUCCCCAGUGCUCCAAGGGUAGAAGCCAACUCUACUGCGUCAAAAUGGGAUCGAGUGAGAAAACAGCGAGCAUCUGUGAAGUAGGAGCUAUACGAUGUGCCAACAGGAAAGUGGAAAUACUGUAUCCUGGCAGGUGUUCAGCCUAAAACAAUUACUGAUAAACAGAUUUACUGUCCAAAAAUAAUUCCUACAAAAGGGCAUCCUCCUAUAAACAGCAGACUGGUGUGCCCAGAGGUUAGACAUGAAUUCUUUUGUGUUACUUUCAUAUAAUUAUUCACCCUGCCUCUCCUGCCUUAGCCUUUCCUAUCCAGUUCCAACCCAUGAGGUUCUGAAGUGUACACCCAGGUAACAACUCUUUCAUAUCAAUCCAGUAAAUUCUUCUGUUCACAUUGCUCUAAAAUGAUGGGGCUUCUGAGGACCUUAUGAAGCCUAUAAUAUUAAGCAUUCUCACAAAUAGAAUUAAGAACAAAAACCAUAACUGUCUUCAAUUAAUCAAUAAACAGAAACCUACAACAACUUGUAAAACACAUUCUUGAAACCCAUCCUUUCUUCAUGCACUCAUUCAACAGAUAAUUCUGAAUGUCUACAAUGUGCCAAGUACUGUUUAAGAUGCUGGGGAAUUAGCAGUGAAUAAAAAGACAAAAUCCUUUGCCUUCAUGAAGCCCACAUUCACAUGGAGGAAGACAUUCAAAAAAUAAAAUAAGCAUAUAAAAUAUAUAGUAUGUUUGAUGAUGAUAAUUGCUAUGGAGAAAAUAAGGCAAGAAGAGGUGAGUCCUGUCAUCUUAUGCCAGGAAACCCUUCAUAGUAAUAAACAUCACAGCAAGGAUGAUUGGAAACAAGUGGAAAUUGCUUCCCUUAAGGCAGUUACUAAACUUCUGGAGUUCCAUACUCUUAGGAAAGAAGAUUCUCCUUGCCUCAGCUAAAGCGCAUCCCAAAGCUUUUGAGCUGAAGUAUGUGAUGGAUGGAAAAUAAAAUCAUCAGAAAAUUG